AUGGAGCAUCUCAUGGAAGGCUUGGUAUCAGGCGGAUGCAUCGAUUUUUCGAUAGACGAUUAUGAUAGUUCCGAAGCUGUAUUCGUUCACGAGAUCGUCCGACGUUGUCGGGUUCAAAUCGCCAUGAGUUUUUACUUCCUCCAGGUCGAUUUGUUACUCAAAGGUGCCGAAGGUGACGUGUGGAUCGACGGGCCCACACGCUCGGGUAUCAUAGUAUAUUCGGUAAUAACACCCAUAAUUUGCUGUUUCGGAAUAUGUGGCAACGUCCUGUCUUUAUUGGUACUGAGGAGGAAACAACUGAUUGGAUCAGUAUACACGUAUCUGGCAGUUUUAGCGGCCAUGGACUUGUCAAUGGCCAUAGUGACUCUAUUCGGUGGUCUGUGCAGGGGAAUUUUAUGGAAAUAUGGACUUAAUUAUUACGACGCUUUGGUUAACUUACCGGUUGGAAGUUUCGUAAAUACGUUAAGCGUGUCGACUAUCGUAUGUUUGACUCUAGACCGGGUAAUAUAUCUAUGGAACCCAGUUCAGUGCACGAAACCCAAGUUUUGCUGUCCAUGGGUUGCUAGGAGGUUGAUGGUGGCUUCAUUUUUUAUUUCCCUAUUGUUCAACCUGCCGUAUUUUUUCAUAUUCACCUUGUCUCCAGAUGGCGAUAUAGUAACGACCGCCAUCUUCGAUUCUACAUUUUAUAAAAUUUUCAAUUGGGUGACUUUAUUUCUGUUCGCUCUAAUUCCGGCGGUGAUCCUGAUGUUUGGUAACGGAUUUUUAAUACUUUCCCUGAGACGGGCUAAACGGGUCAAAAGAAAAGCGAACGGGAAAUGUAGAAUGCGGGAUCACACCAACUUGACUGUAACUCUGGUGGCCAUCAUAAUUUUCUUUCUGAUAUCGGAAAUUCCGCAGAGUCUACUCUCGAGGACGGCUGCCACCAAUCUUUUAUUUCAGGGCGACCAUAGCAAAGUUAGCUGCACCACUAUUGAAACCCUUCGGCAGGUUGUCACUGUGCUAGAGGCUAUUAAUGUCACAGUCAAUUUCGUAUUUUAUUACAUAUUUUGUCCGGCUUUCUGCAAAAUGCUGAAGAAGAUUACCUGCGGGAAGAAAUCCACUGCUUUUAAUAACAAAUUGCAGGUCAAUGUUUUCGUACUCAGCGCGAACAAACCGCAAAUCAAGGCCAAAAAUUUAUUCGACGGAAGAGUAUCGCAAAAGGUAAUCGAAAUCUCCAGGAAAAGCAUCGAGUCUGCGCUAUCCAUCAACAUUGAAGACCUGCAGAAAAUCCAGGACCGGGAAAACGCGAACAUUUACGAAAAUUUAUACGAUCUGGGCGAGUACGUCGACUUGAAUCAGUACGUACCUCCGUUCAGUACAAUUCAAGAGGAAACCACGACUAAUAACUCGACCUGUUCUACGAAGCUGCAGCACUAAAGAUUAUUUAUUUGAAACAUUAUCACAAA